AAACUGCAAUGAAAGGCGAUUUUCUCUCAAUCCAGCCACCAUCUUGAAUUUUUGGCUCUUAUUUAUUGGUCCUAAUGCCUCUUCGUACCUUGGCAAAGGCUCCCUUUCGAUUAUCAUGCAUACAACCCGCGCGUAUGAUGAGUGUCUACGGACCCUCGGAAUCUGGACAUCCAUCGCCAGGUAAGUUUACUAUCCAUCAAGAGAUACCGGAUUUGUGACGCGCAUUUCAGCAUCCCCUACCCAACCAACUAAACCGCGGAAGAAGGUCACCAUCGAAGCUUUGCGAGCGAUGAAAGAAGAAAAAACUCCGAUAACCAUGCUAACCGCCUACGACUACCCCAGUGCACUCGCCUGCUCUUCUAAUCCUCUCGUCGAUAUCACCCUCAUCGGCGACUCUCUCGCUCAAGUCUGUCUUGGAUACAAAUCCACAACCGAGCUUUCCCUUUCCGAGAUGAUCCAUCACACUCGCGCCGUCGCACGAGGGACCACACAUCCUUUCCUCGUCGCGGAUAUGCCAUUUGGCUCCUAUCAAAUAUCGAGCGAAGAUACCGCGAGAAACGCCGUUAAAUUGAUACAAGAAGGACGCGUGGAAGCUCUGAAGUUAGAAGGAGGUUCCGAGAUUAGGGAUACUGUGAGGAAACUUACUGGGAUGGGGAUACCUGUCAUGGCCCAUGUGGGGCUACUCCCACAAAGGCACGUAUCGAUGUCGGGGUACAAGGUACAGGGCAAAGAUGUGGAUAGUGCUAAAAGGAUCAUAAGUGAUGUGUUGGCUCUGGAAGAAGCUGGAGCUUUCUCGGUUGUGUUAGAAGCUAUCCCAAAGGAACUAGCCGCGUAUGUGACGAAACGUCUCCAAAUACCAACAAUCGGUAUUGGUGCUGGACCGUACACGGAUGGCCAAGUCCUUGUUUGGGAUGAUAUGAUGGGUACUUGGGCAGGACAUAAAGCAAAAUUCGUGAGGAGAUUUGGCGAUCUCAAAGCUGCACGAGAUUCGGCGAUACAAAAAUACGCUGAAGCUGUUAAACAUCGAACUUUUCCUGAUCAUUCAGAGAGUUAUACUAUCGACAAAAUGACUUGGGAGGAAAUUUCUCGCACAAUGGAAUAAUAUCUGCAUAUGUCAGAAUGUAUAAGAUUUAGAUAGAUAUGUAGAUAUAUACUUGGCAAACAGAGGGUCCAAGGUAAAGAAGUAGCAAGUAGUGAACACAUUGGCCUGAGCAUUGCGUCCAAAAAGCAGCCUCCU